CCCCGAUAAAACAGCAAAGAAUCUAUAAAACAAAAAGAGGGAAAAAAAAAAGAAGCUGUCCACCGCCAUGGAUUCGCAGCACCGAACAGUGGCUUCUCCUCCUCCGUCACCGCAAGGCCGCGAUUCCACCGCCAUUCUCUUCACCUUCCUCUCAUUCUUUGCCGUUGUCGCUCUGGUUUUUGUUCCUUCAGCAUCACCAUCCUUCCAAAAUACCUUAUCCAUUCUGCACCAAGUCCCAGAAGGCCAUGUGGGGGUAUAUUGGAGAGGAGGUGCCCUUCUGAAAACAAUUACAGAGCCAGGAUUCCAUCUAAAGAUGCCUUUUCUUACCCAGUAUGAACCUGUUCAAGUGACUCUUCAGACGGAUCAGGUGACUGAUAUACCCUGCGGUACUAAAGGCGGUGUUAUGAUCAAUUUUGAGAAGAUUGAGGUUGUUAACCGACUGCAUAAGGAAUUUGUCUUUGAGACAUUACUCAACUAUGGUGUACACUAUGAUAAGACAUGGAUAUAUGACAAGAUUCAUCAUGAGAUCAAUCAGUUCUGCAGCUCUCACAGUCUACAACAAGUCUAUAUUGAUGUGUUUGAUCAGAUUGAUGAAAAGAUGAAAGAUGCUCUUCAAGUUGACUGCACCCGCUAUGCUCCAGGAAUUGAGAUCAUUAGUGUCCGGGUCACAAAGCCAACUAUUCCAAAUACCAUAAGACGCAAUUUCGAACAAAUGGAAGAGGAGCGUACUAAGGUCUUAAUUGCUAUUGAGAAGCAGAAAGUAGCGGAGAAGGAGGCAGAGACUAUGAAGAAGAUGGCCAUUAGCGAGGCUGAGAAGAAUGCCAAUGUUAGCAAGAUCCUUAUGGAGCAAAAAUUGUUGGAAAAGGACAGUACUAGAAGACAAGAAGAAAUAGAGAAUGCAAUGUAUCUGGCCCGGGAGAAGAGCCUGGCAGAUGCAGACUUCUACCGAGUAAUUAAGGAAGCUGAAGCAAACACCUUGAAGCUUACCCCCGAAUUUCUUCAGCUAAAAUUUAUUGAAGCCAUUGCUAAUAACACAAAAAUUUUCUUCGGUGACAAGGUUCCUAAUAUGAUUUUGGAUCAAAGGCUACUUGGAAACUUACUUCAUGAAGAUUCUAUAGGGACAACUGCAACAGGCAAAUCAGAUAUCUGAAUUAUUAGCUGUCAGAAUUCUGAGCUCAAAUGAUUCGACCAUCAAUAUUUUGGAGAGGAGUUAUAUCUUGGCAGUUAUCUUUACACAUGAAAAAAUGAAACAGUUCUACAAAAGCUUUUUCCUUCUUGUGUGGGGAGAAUGUAGAUAAAAGACUGUCCAUUUUGCUACAGUGGAAACUGUAACCCUCACAAUCAGAGAUCAACUGUUACAGGUGGGAAUAAAGGACAAUAUAACACGAAGAUCAACAUUUUCUCAUUUGUACGAACUGAUUUUUUAUUGUCGUUACACGUGUCAUCUUUUCACAUUUC